AUGCUUCGACUGACCCUCUUAUUCAGCCGACCGCAUCCCCAGCUGCGCGCCUUAUCGCGGAUUCGUGAGUGGAAUUAUGACGUGGUGACAACUGCAUCUGCUAGUACACCUUCCCACGGGACGAUCGGCUGGACCGACAUCGUGGGAACCGCGUUGGUCGCACCAUGUCUUGAUUUGUGUUCUUUUAUGCGUUCAGUGCAAAACGAAGGCGUUUCCACCCAAGCCAUGUUUUGAUCCUGCAGCCCUUCUCUGCCUCUCAAUUUCCUCCCUAUCGAAUCGAGCCAUAGCCAGACUUUUUAUCCUGUUACGCGCCUUCACACCCGCGACAGUUAGUUAAGGAUGAGAGCGUCGAAUAAUUUGACCAGGCCGAUUUAGUUGAGGAUUAUGUCUACGACCAGGGAGUGGACAGGGUUCUCGAUAAGUCGAGGGGGAGAUUAGGAGGGGUCGGGCGAGGAAAAGGAAAAGGGAGGAGGAGGAGGAGGAGGAAACUGAAGUUCACGUUCAUUCUACUCCUCUGCGAGAUUGUUGUGCUUCCUUAUUCUAAUCUUGGGCAGUGCACUGCUUUGUUUUAUUAGCUGCUCUUGGUCUCCAUAACAUCUGACAAAAUAUUCGGGUUUAUUAGAUGCGGCAGAUCCCCAGAGGUUUCGCCUCCGAUGUCUGCUACCUUAAUUUGUCUUAACGCAUCCAGUGCAUCACCGGAACGCGAGCAGAAAUGUGAAACCACACUCAUAUGUAAGAGCUGCUGUGUUAGUGCGCCGUCCUUUAAAGCACUUGAACGGGGAGGUACAACACCUGAUCGUAAUCCGACAUUUUCCCUGAUGACUUACGUUGUACACUUUGAUGGGCCGUUAGUGGCCAGCAAAUUCACUUCUGUCCUGCUUCGUCGACGUCAGCCUAGACAAGUGAGAGAAUCAUAUUUUUGGCUUCUUCGCAUUAAAUUAACAGUCCUGUUUAGAUUUAAAAGACAAUGAUAGAGAAAGAAGCGAAACGAAGGUUGAUUAUGGUGCCGACAUUGCUAAGGAGGAGGCGGAGAAGAAGAAGAAGAAGAAGAGGAAGAAGAAGGAGGAGGAGGAGGAGGAUGAGGAGGAGGAGAAGGAGAAGGAGGAGGAGGAGGAGGAGGAGGAGGAGGAAAAUGAAACUGAAGUUCGCGUUCAUUCUACUCGUCUGAGUGAUUGUUAUACAUCCUUAUUCUAA